AGUUUCCCAGCAACUGUUUACAGUGAAAACCAUGAGGUCCGGACUAUUUAAAGCAGAGCAAGAGACUUUCUGGUGCAUUCUCCUCUUGCCUGAAGAUGUGGCACCUGGGUUUAUUCACCCUCCUUGUUGGGGCGUCAUUUGCUUCUGAGGUGUGUUAUGAUGAGCUGGGCUGCUUUGAUGACAUGGCUCCGUGGGGAAGCACUCCACAGAGGCCACUUCCUGUCCUGCCCUGGACCCCUGAAGAGAUUGGCACUCGCUUUCUGCUUUUCACCAAAAGGAACCACUAUUACCAUGAGAUUAAACCUGAUAAUACAAUUCAGGCCACAAACUAUAACAGCGCUCUGAAGACCAAGUUCAUCAUUCCUGGCUAUCUGGAGACAGAAAAUGAGGACUGGCCACAAGAAAUGUGCAAGGUCAUGGUAUCGUGGGAAAAUGUGAACUGCAUCGCAGUGGAGUGGAAGAAAGGUGUGAAGACUCAGUACGCCCAGGCUGCCAAUAAUGCCAGGGUAGUAGGAUCCCAGGUGGCACACAUGACCGCGUUCCUCAUGGUCAAAUUCAGACAGACGUCUGACAAGUUCCACAUCAUUGGACACUGUCUCGGAGCUCACGCUGCAGGAGAUGCUGGGCAAAGGAUCCCUGGAGUUGCACGCAUCACAGGACUGGACCCGACCGAACCUUACUUUCUGGACACGGAUGCCUCCGUGCGCCUGGACACUAGUGAUGCUACCUUCGUGGAUGUCAUUCACACAGACGGACUUCCUUUCGGCACCAAACUUGGUCUUGGUAUGUCCCAGCCUGUGGGUCACAUCGACUUCUACCCUAAUGGAGGAGAGGUGAUGCCCGGCUGCUCCGCUAACAAAGGCAGUGUCUCUGAUCUGGACGCUGUCUGGGAAGGUAAAAAGAAAUUCAAUUCCUGCAACCAUGUCCGAGCUCACCAAUACUACACCGAGAGCAUUGUCAAACCCCAAGGAUUUGUGGCUUUCCCCUGUGCUAACAAGGACGCUUUUGCUGCUGAAAAGUGUUUCCCGUGUAAAGACGGCAGUUGUCCAACGAUGGGCCACAGAGCCGACAAGUUCCCUGUCAGCGGUGAUUCAAGGACAAGCUACUUCCUGAACACAGGGGAUUCACAGCCCUUUGGCCGUUACAGCUAUAAAAUGAAAUUAACUCUGGCUGGUCCCAGCUGGCCUAACCCUGGUUACAUGUAUGUGUCACUGACUGGAAACAGUGAAAGCACUCAGGAGUACCAGCUUCAUGUAGGAACACUGAUGCCUGGGAGAACCUAUGAGUUGCUGAUUGAUGCCGAGGUGGACGUGGGGGAUGUGACGGAGGUGAAGUUCCGCUGGAGGAACCACAUCCUAAACCCCAUGAGGCCCAAAUAUGGAGCAUCUAAAAUUGAACUGCAGAGAGGAAGAGACGAGAAGAUAUUCCUGUACUGCGGAACAUAUAACGUGAAUGAAGAAGUGGUCCAGUCUGUGCUCUCCUGCCCAGUGUGACGGUCAUAACCAUCGUGUCUAUAAGGUCCUUUUCAGUAAACAUCCAGUCGAUACCUUCA